AUGGCGCGUAAAAAACAGACGGCGCCCGUGCAGAGAAUCAAUUCUGGGGAAGUCAUGCAGGCACUUUCAGAUGAUGCAGAGACACGCGCAGUUUAUACCAACGGCCAUGUUACGAGCUCUACCAUACCGCGAAAGAGUGCUCCAUCCGUCCAGUCCACGACAACCAAGUCAACAUAUUCACCACAACAGCAACCUCCACAAUCCAGCCUCUUGACCCUUGUCAUCUGCGUUGGAGGCAUCUACGCCUCGUUCCUGACCUGGGGUCUCCUUCAAGAGCGCAUCACCACCACCCCAUAUGCAAUCGAUUCGUCAGCGCAGGCGCAACGAGAAUACUUCCGAUUCCCCAUCGUGCUCAACACCAUCCAGGCCUUCUUCGCCUUCACCAGCGGCAGUCUCUACCUCCUUUCCAAGACCGGCGCAUCAUCAUUCAGCAUCAUUCCAUCCACCGCAGCCCUCCCACCACUCCUCCUCGUAACCCUGACCACCACCCUGGCCUCCCCCUUCGGUUACGCCUCGCUCGCACAUGUCGACUACCUGACCUUCGUCCUGGCAAAGUCCUGCAAGCUCCUCCCCGUCAUGGCCCUGCACGUCACACUGUUCCGCAAACGCUACCCACUCUCCAAAUAUCUGAUUGUCCUCGCCGUGACCGGCGGCGUCGCUCUCUUCACACUCUACCACCCGCCCAAAGCCGGCAAAAAAGCCACACCUCAAUCCAGCAGCAGCAUCUACGGCCUGACCCUACUAGGCAUCAACCUGCUCUUUGACGGCCUUACAAACACCGUGCAAGACCACAUCUUCAGCUCCCCGCACCGCUAUGGGAAAACCACUGGCCCACAAAUGAUGGUCAUCCUCAACCUGCUGGGCACACUCCUCAUGACCACCUAUCUCCUCCUUACCCCGUACAUCCCACCGGCACUAUUCCCCUCCUUCCUCCCUGCCGCCGAAACAAACGAGCUCUCCUCUGCCCUCGCCUUCUUGGCGCGCCACCCAGCCGUGACGCGGGAUAUGCUGGGCUUUGCCGCAUGCGGCGCCAUCGGCCAGCUCUUCAUCUAUGCCACCCUCGAGCGCUUCUCCAGCCUCCUACUGGUGACCGUCACCGUCACCCGCAAGAUGCUCACCAUGCUCCUGAGCGUCCUAUGGUUCGGCAAGUCCCUCUCGUCCGGCCAGUGGUGCGGAGUGGCACUCGUCUUUGGCGGCGUCGCUGCCGAGGCGUGGGUCCAGAAGACGGAGAAGAAGAAUAAAAAUAAAAAUAAAAACGAGUCCGCAGCGGUCCUAUCAAGGAGCCUGCCGACGGAUACGAAGAAGAGCAAAUGA